UCUACUUCAUUAUCUAGAUCGGAAGGAUUCCCGCUGGUUUACAUUUACAUUCACAUCUUUGUCCUGUUCACGUCUGGGACGAUGAUGUCAUUCGGGUCACAGAGGUCACUUUGGGCCAUCGUCACGGCUGUUUCCAUGGCAAUCUUCACCACGAUCACCCAGAGUCAGCAGCCAAAGACCAAGAUGUGGCUCGUGGCACGGAUCGCAUCUCACGAUAUCGGAGUCAUCGGAGUAUUCCUCAUCCUCGCCAGCCGCGUCGGAGAAGACCUCGGCAAGAAAUACCGCCUCCACUUCCUCUUCCCCUACGGCAAGAACCUCAUCUCCAUCUUCUGCAUCAUCAACUCCGUCCAGCUCUACCGGACGCCCGAGGAACGCCGUGCCUUCCUCUCGACGCUCCCCCACGGCGAGACGGCCAUGGUCCUCCUGGGCGUGGCCCUGCUCAUGGGCGGGUUCCUCUUCUCCUCCGAGUUCCAGACUAAACGCAUCAGUGCAUUUUUAGCCGUCGCUCUGUUGUUUUUUAUCCUGACCAUAGAAGGUAACCUUCAUUAUUGGCACAUGAAAGCGAGAUUAGAAUACUGGAUGCAAAUGAAUAUGGUUCUGAAUAGUGUCACUGUUCUGUGUAGCUUGAUCUUCAUGGCAACAUGAUAGUAGUUUGAUUCAGGGGACAGUUUCAUUGAGCUCAUUGUAAGUCAUGCACAACUUUACAUAAGAAACUAAAUCUGUUUUGGCAAGUUUUUGUAGAUAUUUGGGAGAAAAGUCAACUUGAACAGUUUCACCAAAAAUCAGCAUUCUACUUGCUAUUCAAAGUGAGUUAAAGAAAAACAAAUGCAUAACUGAUUACUUAAAUAUUUCAGAAAUCAAUCUUUUCACUAUACAGUCUUGUGGUGAUCACAUGAUCUGAAGUUGAGAUCAGGGGGGGGGGGGGCGUUUCAUGAAAGGACUUGUCGGACGUUUUAGCCAAUCAACAUCAGAGAAAGAUGUCAGAUCUGACAACUUGUCGGAUGAAAAUGUUGAUGAAACACUCCCCGGGGAGCGUUUCAUCAACAUUUUUGUCCGACAAGUUGUCAGAUCUUACAAUUUUCCCUGAUUCUGAUUGGGCGAGAGGUACUGUUACUAUGGUAAUUGUCGGAUAAAACAGGACUUGUCGGAUAAAAUCCUUUCAUGAAACGCUCCCCUGAUAAGGUUGUAAAAGCCUGGUCUGAAAUAAAGCAGAAAAAAUAGGGUUAACCCUAAUCAAAUUUUGACAAAUUCAAACCUUGGCUUCAGAUGUUAAAAUGUUAACUACACAAAUUUUGAUGUAUAAACAUUGGGUUUCAAGUUGAGUGGAUUAGAUUGAGAUUCAAAUUGAAUUAAAUUGAAUUGAAUUGGACUGACCUGAAUUGAAUUUAUUAAGCUGAAUUGAAUUAACUUGAAUUGAAUUGAACUGUUCUGAAUUGAAUUGAAUUUAACACCCCAUAACAGGUUACCAGUUGUGUGUAAAAUUAUGCGUCACUUCCGACAGCUUUAUGAAAAACCUCUCAGAAUUAUAAGCUUUACUUAAGCAUUAAUUAUUUUGUGGCAUGCCACUUAGGAAUGCCUCUCUCUGCCCAGGUGAGAAAUGGCUGACCAAAAAGAAGCAAGCAUGGAAGUAGUUUGCUCUGAGUCAUUCUGAUGGUAACUGGUUUACAUUGCUCCAAAGGGAGUGGAGAAAGUAUUAAAGCAAUAAUCUUAUAGGGGAAGGGAAUUAAAGGGGAAGUUUAUACCCUGAUGAAAAGUUUGUUGUAAAUAUAGUGGAAAAAAUGAUUAAAAAUAUUGGUGAAGAUUUGAGGAAAAUCCACUAUAGAUUGAGAAAGCUAUUAGAAGUUUAAGUUUAGGAUUUGUGACAUCAUAAGUGAGCAGCUGCUACAUUAUGUAACAUAAAAUGCAUAAAUAUCAAUUUUAAAAUGGUUCUUCUGUUUAGGAACGGGUGUGAAAUGAUUUGUCUAUUACUGAAGGUACAGGAAUAAACAUUUUCAAUUUUCUGAGAAAAUGACAUUUCAUUGAUUUUUUACCAGUAUGAUGUAUAGAAAAGAUGAUUGCAUAAUAUGACGUCACAAAUCAAAUAAUUAGAAUUCUGUAAGUUUUUUAUUCUUUGAUACAUUUUACUCAAACCUUCACCAUUGUUCUUUUAAAUUAAUUUUUUCUAUUUUACUAUCAAAUUUUUGUCAGGGUAAACUUCCCCUUUAAUAAAUGUGACUCAACAUUUUCCCUUAUUACAUUCUCCUAGUUACACAGUUGUAUUCAUAUAUUUGAUAGAUAUACCUACAUGUAAUAUACGGAUUCAUUUCAUGUAAGGUUUUGAGUACGAUCAUGAUUGCAAAAGUUAUUAUCAAUUUACAAAAUUUUGACUAUUUUUCAAUGACGUAUGCAAUUAAAUCUGUUUAAAUGUUAAAUAUCGGAGCACUGAAAUGUUUUAAUAAGAAAAGGUUUGACUUUAAAGAGGCUAAUAACAUGUUUUACAUGAUAAUAAAACAAGGAAUGGAAUGGAUGAUGUGGGCUGAAAAAAUGUUUGACUGGUGUAUACAGUGUGUCUCAAAAAAAAAUAUAUAUAUAUAUACGCUUUUGAAAUGACUGCCAAGUAAACGGAUAACACUAUUGGGGGAAGGUAUAUGUAGAAAUCCGAUAACUUUUUGAGACACACUGUAGAGAUACAGUGUCUCCCUUAUGCAUUUUUUGUCUCGCCUGAACAAAGUUUUUUUUGCUUGAACGAAGUUUGGUAGAGACCUAGUGAUCAUUUUUCCUGUUAGUCUUUUACAAAAAUGUUAAGUUUUUGUUUAAUUUACUCUGAUUUCUUUAUUACUUUAUAUGUUUGUCAUUUUGCCUCCGACGAAGAUUCUGCUAGGAUCGAAAGCUUAGGCCCCUUUUGACUUUCUUCUUUAUUACUGCAUCAAUUAUGAUCCCACUUGGUACAAAUGAUCUUUGGGUAACACCACAUGUGUGUCAAGGAGGAUGAUGGGGUCAAAGGUCAUCUAGGGGUGAAAAGGUCAAGUUUUUGUUAAACCUGCUUUCAUUUCUUUAUUUCCACAUCAAUUGUGUUUACACUUGGUACAUGUGUGUUCACAAGGAUCAUUAGGUCAAAGGUCAUCUAGGGGUCAAAUGAUCAUAUUGCAUAUUUUAUUGAUCAAGAAAUCAGGCGAGACUUGUGGACGUGAACCAUCUUGUCUUUAUAUUGAAUGCUAGUAUUCGUAUACGGGAUAUAAUUAGAAAGACAAAUUAACAAUUAUUGUCAACUUGAGAAAGAAAAGCAGAUUAAUCUGAAAAAUGAAGAAAAAAAAUUAUAUUAAAAAUUAUAAUGAACAAAAAUCAUGAUCUUCUGUUUCAUGUAAUUAUUUAGUGGAAAAUAUGAUGUAAAUUGCCACUUUAUUUUCUGCAUGGUCACAUUUGAAAUUAGACUAUAUGGCUUUAGACCAAAAAAGCGUAUUCUUACUGUCGAUAUUUGAAGCUUUGAAUUUGAAUAAAACACAAGAUACAUGUCCAAGAGUUUCGUUAGCAUCAUUUUUAGGGAACCGCUUGGAAGUUUCACCAAGAUUGCACAGUAUACACAUCUCAUACUUCGGUGAACCCUGAACUUCAAACCUUAUUUUCUCCUUAUUUUUGAAGCUUUCACUGAAUUUCUUCUGCAUUCAAUCAAGUAUUUGUUUGGGUUAUUGUUUAUCAAGUUAUAGAUCAUUCAAACCUUAAGAUGUGCUUUCUCAAGCUUAAUAAAAAUGUCAACAUUCAUGUUGGGUGACCUAUAGUAUUGUUGGUCUGGGGGUGGCAGAUAACAUGGAAAAUUGCCAGUUUGUCUACUACCAGCUCGUUCACUCACCACAUGGUAUAACCUUCAUUUAGUCUAAUGCCAUUCCGUCCAUCAACAUUUCGUCUAACAACCAUUUGUUCCAAUAACCAUUUGGUCCAAUCAUCACUUCAUCUAAUCGCCAGUUUGUCUAUGACCAUUUUGUCUCAUAACCAUUUGGUCUAAUAUUUGUUUUAUUUUCAUUCAUUUUGCCCAAUUAACACUUAGUCUUAUUAGACCAAAUGGUAUAUGGACUAAAUGGCUAUUGGACCAACUGGUUAUUAGACGAAAUGGUGUGUGGACGAAAUGGCAGUGGCAUUUAGACUAUGUGGAUAUUAGACGAACUUAUAGUUGACCAAAUGAUAGUGGACGAGUUGGCAAUUGGACGAAUUGGCAUUGGACCAAAUGAAAAUAAACAAUGAACAUAUUUGUAUGUGAGGGAUUAUAAAGGCAAGCUUAUAAUUCAGUUUUUAUCAUACAUAUAACUUUUUUGUGUCGGUGCAAGAAUGCCCUUAGCAAACAUUUUCAUGCACUGCUUUGGUGCAGAAACACCCUUACGCAAUGCACUUAUGCGCACUGCUAAGUGCGUUUUUGCACACACGCAAUGCAUGAAAGUGUUGUGUUAUCGUGUUCUGGCAUUGACACAGCAUUUUGUUUUCAUCUACAUGUUAAUGAAAAAAUUUCAAAAGCCAAAGGAGAGAUGAAAUAUGUACAAUGUCAUGUAUGCCUUUUUAUCAACCUAAAAAACUCUAAAACCAACAAAAAAAUUAAAAGAAAUGCUUUUGAUAUGUUAUAAUCGAAGAUUUUGUGUAAUUUCUAUCAUGCUGAUAAUAAUAGAACACAUAAGUCUAUGUGAUGAAAUGAAGAUGGUGUUUCCGGUCACUUUAUAUUUCACUUUUUAGAAGCACUACUGUUAAUAAUGAUUUUCUGACGCAAUUUGUUUUUUCUAUAUUCAGAAGAGAAAGUGCACCAAAAGUCUUGAGACCAAGAAUUUGAAGGAAAAAACAGUUUCCCAUUUGAAAUUACAACAAAUGGUGUCCCGUGACUGCGCAAAGCAGGGCACCCAAUUCUUAGGUGCCUAAGGAUGCAAUACCCGAAAUCUCAACAUUUAUCACCAUUUUGAGUCAGAUUUUUAAAACAUCUGUCGCUAUAUUGAAAAUGUAAAUUUAUUGGUUCGGUAGUUGGAUUUCUUUUAUUAUAUUAGAAUUGGGCAGACACCGGUACACAUAUUUCAGACAUAGGGCACCACAUAUAUAUAUACAGGUGCAAGAACAAUGUCACAAAUACAUGUAUUGCAUAGUUUACAUGUAUAUCAAAUUUGAAAUAUUGAGAGGUGACUGUUUUGAAAAAUAUAUGGU